AUGGAACUAGACAAGGUGAAAGACCUUUCCAAGGACAGCCACCAGACCUAUUUGCUAAAAAGUCCAAACUGGUCAGAAGUUUUGACAACUGCCUGGAAUACGGACAUGAACCGUCUGAGUUACGUUGUUCUGCUCCUCCUGUGGAGAUGCUGUAUUUUCCAGCAGUGUAAGUUAUUCAAGUCAAAAUAAGAAUUCUUUCAGGCAGAAGAGGGAUGGGAUAUUGGCUUUGGAGUAGGUCCCCCCCCCAAAGAGGUAAUGUAGAAAUUUUGUACAUAAUUAAUAAAUUAAUAGCCACCCUUCCAAGAGAAAUAUAAAACUAAAACAUGUCUGGUGGAAAUGUUGGGAUUUGCUACAUCCCUUACCAGUUUAAAGUUUCUUUAAGAUUUAUGUUGCAUCUCGUAUCUACUGGCCAAUGAAUGCUUGUUUGUUGCUUAAUGAUGCUUAAUCAACUUCUAAUUUCAGUACAAUAAAGGCUGUGAAUGCACUGGCAUAUGUUUUUAUUCUUCCUUCACUAGGCUUAGACAUGUUCAGAUUUACCCAUUAAUUUCUCUCACCCUUUCCCAACUAAAGACUUCUGCUCGGUUGAUUACUGUGGUGUUAUUUUGUUUGGUGUUUUGAACAUGUUGGAUGGCAUCAGAACCUGGCAUAGACAGAGGUUUAGUGUGAGGUUCUUGGUUUUUUACCAUUCUGUUCAAAUCCAAAGUGACGGUGCAGUGGCAAGCACUGUGGAAGAGCCAGGAUGACAGCAAACUCUUUGAGCUAAGGGGCAUAGGUCAGAAAUUGUGCCGACUCAGAAGAAAUCGCCUUGUGUAGACAUGUAUCAGUAUCAGCUGAAGGAGCAGGUUCCAUCAGUGUUUCUGCUUUGCAGCAUUCCUCUAUCCAUUAAGUAAGGGGGUGAGGGGGAGAGAGUUCAUUUUAGCUAUGAUAAACCACAUCCAUUUUUUAAAUCUUCCACUUGAAAUCAGUUCUACCCCCCAGAGAGACAUGCAUAUUUUUAUUUUUUAAAAAAGAGUAACUAAAAACAAUAGAAUACAAACAGUAUAACAGAAACUGCUUAUAAAAUUAGUGGCAAAAAUAUAUAUUUUAAAAAUGUUAUGUACUGAAGUUCUCACCCUGGGCCAGCAGGGGGAUACUGUAGAUAGUUAUGCAAAUAAGGGAUUGAAAGUGACAUUCAGUGAUUGGAUAGUUUUAGAAAAUUGUUACAGUUACGUUGUACUGGAGCUCUAUAUAAGCAGGCUGACUGAACCCUUCAGUUCAGUUCUGUUCUGGCCUGUGAAUAAACAAGAGCUGUUUGAAGAAUUGCUGUGUCGUCUGAUGUGUUCACCCACAACUUAACAAAAAACAUCAGUGAGCCACUCUCAGAUAAUACUUUGAUGAGUAAAUGAGAUGGACAGCUAACCUCCUUUCAGAAAUGAACCUCAGCAUCUGAGUGCUGCUACAUAGAAGACCUGUGUAGAAUAAGGUUACCAGAUGUCCCUGUUUCCUGGGGACAGUCCCCAGAUUUACAAAUCAGCCCCCUGACAAAACCCAUCUAUUUAGUAGGAAGUUGAAAAGUGUCCCUGGAUUCAUUGGGGGAAAAAAUCUGGUAACUUCAGUGUAGAAGUCCCAGUUCUUCUUGUCUCACUUGGUGGAGAGACAUCCAGUGAGGUCUACCUUGUUGCUCCCGCCAUAAUCCUGAAAUACAUUUGAAGAAGGUCUUGUAGCCAAGUGGCCAAAAGACCUUCCUAUGGCAAAGCUAGUUUUCUGAAACCCCAGCAUAGUGGGCUUAUUGGAUUUUGGAGUAUGCAGAAGAUCCCAGAUCCACUGUGCAUGCUUGCAGAGGAUCACAGCAUUCAUUUGGGCAGUUGUUAUCCAAGCCUGAAUUUUGGUCUGGUGUUCAUUUCUCCCUCUGCCAUACAUUGUUUUGAGAGGAAACAAAUACUACUACUACUACUACUACUACUUUAUUAUUUAAACCCUGCCCAUCUGGCUGGGUUUUCCCAGCCACUCUGGGUGGCUCACAACAGAAUAUUAAAAAUACGAUAAAACAUCAAACAUUUAAAAAUACCCUAAACAGGACUGCCUUCAGAUGCCUUCUAAAAGUCAGAUAGUUGUUCAUUUCCUUGGCAUCUGAUGGGAGAGCGUUCCACAGGGCGGGCGCCACUACCAAGAAGGCCCUCUCUCUGGUUCCCUGUAACCUCACUUCUUGCAAUGAGGGAACCACCAGAAGGCCCUCGGCGCUGGAUCUCAGUGUCCGGGCUGAACGAUGGGGGUGGAGACGCUCCUUCAGGUAUACAGGAUCGAGGCCGUUUAGGGCUUGAAAGGUCAGCACCAACACUUUGAAUUGUGCUUGGAAAUGUACUGGGAGCCAAUGUAGGUCUUUCAAGACCAGUGUUAUAUGGUCUUGGCAGCCACUCCCAGUCACCAGUCUAGUUGCUGCAUUCUGAAUUAGUUGUAGUUUCCGGAUCACCUUCAAAGGCAGCCCCACGUAGAGCGCAUUGCAGUAGUCCAAGCAGGAGAUAACUAGAGCAUGCACCACUCUGGCGAGACAGUCUGGAAACAAAGAGCUCUUCCAUCCCUACUGCUGAGGAUGGAGUUGCCUGAGUGUCCUUUUUUGUUUGUUUUUUGAAUGAUUACAAAUUUUGUGAACUCAGCCAUCUGAUUUGCAACAUAUCCGAGGCAGAUUUUAGGGGGCGAGGGGCGAGACCAGUUCGGUCACAUUGGGCACAGAGCCUCAGAGGAUGCCAUAACUAUUAUUUAGAAUGGGGGCCCCCCUGAAUUUUAGCAUCACACAAGGCACAGCUGAAAUUUGAGACCCCAAGUUCUGCUGCUGAACUUACUGAGCAGCUAUGCUUCUUGUGGAAGAUAUUCAUUGACAUUCUGUACUCAUAAUUUUUUAAAAAAAUAAUAAAUAAAUGAUGGGCUGGUUGUCCUCCAUUUAAAACUUUAGUAAUUGAUAAGACCAGGUUGCUGAAUGAAAUGCUUGAACCAAAUGGACAAGAGACUUCUGCACUAUGAGCCAAGUUGUUGUUGGAUCACUGUUUGUUCCCUUGUAUAUAUAAAAGUAGCUAUAGGGGACGCGGGUGGCGCUGUGGGUAAAACCUCAGCACCUAGGACUUGCCGAUCGCAUGGUCGGCGGUUCGAAUCCCCGUGGCGGGGUGAGCUCCAGUUGUUCGGUCCCAGCUCCUGCCCACCUAGCAGUUCGAAAGCACCCUUAAGUGCAAGUAGAUAAAUAGGUACUGCUUUAUAGCGGGAAGGUAAACGGCGUUUCCGUGUGCUGCGCUGGUGCCGGUCGCCGGAGCAGCUUUGUCACGCUGGCCACGUGACCCGGAAGUGUCUGCGGACAGCUCUGGCUCCCAGCCUCUAGAGUGAGAUGAGCGCACAACCCUAGAGUCUGUCAAGACUGGCCCAUACGGGCAGGGGUACCUUUACCUUUUAUAAGUGGCUUUGGGGUAUAAUAUCCCUACUUCCCUUUUCCUUUCCACCAGAAAUACAGUCAUACCUUGGGUUGAAUACGCUUUGCGUUGAGCGCGUUCGAGUUGCACUCCGCGACAACCCAGAAGUAACGGAGCGUGUUACUUCCGGGUUUCGCCGCUUGCACAGACGCUCAAAAUGACGUCAUGUGCAUGCGCAGAAGCGGCAAAAAGCGAUGUGCGUGUGCGCAGACGUGCCGUCGCUAGUUACGUUUACCUCUAGAUGCGAACGGGGCUCCGGAACGGAUCCUGUUCGUAUCUAGAGGUACCACUGUAGCAGAUUUAGCUCUUGAUGAAAAGCACAUCUUUCUCAACACGACAGAAUGUGAGUUGGAUAUUAUAUUGUUUUUCGGAUGAAUGAGUAGAUGAGAGGGAUAAAUGUUUCAACCUCCUGAUAAAUGACAGAGCGUACCAAUUCAGAACUGAAUACUUUACUACUGGCAUUACUGCAGAAUUAAUCUGAGUUCCUCCAUCAACAAAAGGUGGUCAAGUCCACAGCUUGCUACCUUCUUUUUCACAUUCCAUUUCUUUCUCUUUCAGUUGCAGUAUUUCCGGGACAAGUUCCUUACGAACACCUGGUGGACCCCUUGACUGAUUCUGGUAAGCUGGAGAACGGCACCAAUGCAAACGUCUGUUAGGGCCCUAAUCUUUUCAGUGUAGAAUCUGCAUUGUUGGUUGUCACCAGGGUUAAGGAAGUGAAGUGAUAUGUACCCAGAAAAUGUCUCCUAUGGCCCCAAGCUCAAGACAUCACAAGCAGUGCUUUCACCAAUUUUUUCAUUUACUGUACAGUGGUACCUCGGGUUAAGUACGUAAUUCGUUCUGGAGGUCUGUUCUUAACCUGAAACUGUUCUUAACCUGAAGCACCACUUUAGCUAAUGGGGUCUCCUGCUGCCACUGCGCCGUGCUGCACGAUUUCUGUUCUCAUCCUGAAGUAAGGUUCUUAACCCGAAGUAAUAUUUCUGGGUUAGCAGAGUCUGCAACCUGAAGCGUAUGUAACCUGAAGCGUAUGUAACCCGAGGUACCACUGUAUUUGGAGCUGCCACACUGACGUGCUGUCAGGCGUCAGGGAAUUCGAUCCCUCACGGUAGACUUCCAGGAAUAGAUAGACAAGGAAAGCUCUUACCAAUGUCUUUUAUUCAAUCAUAGCUGUCAACUUUCAGAGUUGAAAAUAAGGGGUCAGCAGCCUCACCUGUCCCGGGGACAGUCUACGGGAUAUCUAACAAUCUGGGAUAGCAGCGGGAAGCAGAGGAGAACGGCGCUGGAAUAAGGGAAGGUUGACAGCUAUGUAUUCAAUAUUCACAGAGAGAGGCAGCCUCUUGGAGUAAUGGCAUAGCUGUCAACUUUUCCCUUUUCUUGCGAGGAAUCCUAUUCAGAAUAAGGGAAUUUCCCUUAAAAAAAGAGAAACGUUGACAGCUAUGAGUAAUGGGGCUGCUCCGAGUGAAACCCCAUCCCCUCCAUCCCUCCCAUUAUACAUCAUCUCUAUGGUGGCUGAUCUGUGCCUUCUGCCUCUGAACUCUCUGCUCUCCUACUUUCAAUGCCUGCCAGGUUCUGGGAGGGGGGGUCUGGCAUUCUUUCUAAUGACACUGAGUCUGUCAGCUGUCUCUCCCCUGGUGCUGCUUCUUCCUGCUCCUCUCCCAUUAUUUCCUAGCUUUCCCCCUCUUCAGCCUCUGAGAUGUGACCUCCCGCAAACCACUGCUGUAAAUCUAGACAAUCUUCCUCUUCUCUGGAAGGUUCUGGAGGAGGGGAAAGAGGUCUUCACCAUUCCUCCUCCGAUGUCCAGUCCCUGACAUGUGCACAUCAAAUGUUAAUAUAUUUGCUUACUUAGAAAAGAGCAGGGCUAAAUAAAUAUGAAGAGCCAGAGUCAAACACCAGUGAUAAUGUAUGCUCCUCUUUGCAAAAGCAAAUCAUAAUCAAGUAUCCUAAUUGUGAUUUCAGUUCUCUGAAUGAUGGUCCAAAACAUAGCAUCAUUCACAACCAGCCAGUGUGGGUGUGAUGGCCUGGGAUUCCGAUUCGGAGGAUGAAACAGAGGAAUCCCAGCCUGCACAGGAGUCCCCGCCUCCAGGGCCGGCUGAACUGGGGCAAGGCCUAGAUGCUGAAGAGCCUGCACCUGUGGCAGUGCAUCAGGAGCUGGCCCCAGGUGAAGCCCUUCUGGCCCCAGAGGGGCUUGAUGACUCAGUGGCCACAGGUGAGCCUCCUCCAGGGCCCAGUAACCCUUCGGCCUCUCCUGAUCUGCAGAGGCUUAGGGCAGAGAGGCGAAGGGAACUGGUUGCCCCCAGGAGGAGUGCUCGCCUUAAGGCCAGAGGAGGCGGGGCUCCUGGGGACCGGGACCGCCCCUGGCCUUAGAAGAGGAUAAAAGCCCAGUCAGCCCGGCCCCAGGUUGCGGGAGCAACGUCGUUGUUGGCUUCGGACCUUCCUGUGCUCCUGUUCCCUGCUCGGCUUCCUGUUCCUGACUAUCCGGUACUCCUGUUCCCUGCUCGGCUUCCUGUUCCUGACUAUCCGGUACUCCUGUUCCCUGCUCGGCCUCCUGUUCCCGACCAUCCGGUGUUCCUGUUCCCUGCACAGCCUCCUGUUCCAGCAUUCCUGUUCCCCGCCCGGCUCUCUGCCUCGGACCUUGCCCCCUUCGUGUGGACUCUGCUACACCCAAGGUACCUUACCCCCGGGACCAGCACAGUUUGCUCCCGCCACACCCGCACUUCCCCUUCGUAGGGGUGCGUUCGGGAAGAGCCAGAGGCCAUGGCUGAACAGGCGGCUGCACUGGUGGCUUUGGCCCAGGAGAACCAGGCCUUGAAUCACACCGUGCAGCAGCUCAGCGACGCGGUUGUGGCACUUCAGCAACGCUUGGAAGCCCUACCGGCUCCUGGGGCCGACGCCCGGCUCCGGGCAAGUACCCAGUGGCUUUGCCUGAGAAAUUUGAUGGAGCCCCGGCCAGCUUUCCCAUGUUCCUGGCCCAGGCCAAGCUGUAUAUUCAGGGGCGAGCCCGGAACUUUCCUGACGACCGCACCAAGGUGCACUUUUUGAUUAGUUUGUUAAAGGACCAGGCGGCCAAGUGGGCGUUGCCGCUACUCAGGCAAGACUCCCCUUGCUGGCAGACUAUACGGGGUUUUGCAAUCGCUUGGAGGCCGCGCUCGGCAACCCCCAGAAAGAGAGUCAAGCCAACCGGGCGAUUCGGGCGUUUGAAACAGGGCAAGUCCACGGUGGCCACAUAUACCACGGAGUUUCGGCUGUUGGCACAGGACUUGACCUGGAAUGACUCGGCACUGCGGGACCAGUAUCUCGAAGGGCUUUCGGACGAGGUACUGGACCAGUUGGCCACAAUGGAACGCCCCACCACGCUGGACACUCUCAUUCAACGGAGUCUACAAAUAGACGACCGGUUGGAGGAUCGUCGUCAGGCCCGGGUCGCCGACACUUCCAGUUCACGGCACCAGCUUUUUCCGGCAGCCCCACGGUCACAACUGAUUUAACGGAGGAGCCUAUGCAGCUCGGGGCAGUGCGGCCACGCCUUUCCCCGCAGAGAAGGCGCGGCGCCGGGAGGGAAAUCUCUGUCUUUACUGUGGCGGAAGUGGACACUUCGCCGGUCCUGCCCUGAGAAACGCCAGCCGCAGGGAAACCGCCAACCCCAGUAGCUGAUGGCCCUAGCUACCGGGGGUCCCAAACCGUACAGAAUGGGCCCGCACCAAUGGACUUGCAACAUCUUAUGGUUUCAGUACGUUUAUACCCUCCAGGUGGGCCCUGGAUCCUCACCCAUGCUUUGGUAGAUUCAGGGGCAACCCGCUCCUAUAUGGACGCUGCUUUUGCCGCCCAUCAUCAGGUGCCACUUGAACAAGCCAGUACCGGUCCAGGUGGAAGCGAUUGACGGACGACUUCUGCGUUCAGGUGCCGUUACUCAGGAGACCCAGCCCUUGGUCCUGUGUCUCCAGCAGCACCGGGAGUUGCGGACUUUGGACAUUGCCUCUAUGCCCCGCUUCCCCUGGUGCUCGGGAUGGACUGGCUGGAAGCCCACAACGCUCAGAUUGACUGGGUCAAACGGACCGUGCACUUCCCAGACCCAUGUUCCCAUGCUCAACUGGGAACGCUGGCGGCCGCGCCUCAGAGGAGGCAGCACCCACGCUCCCAGCCGUGUACCAGGACUACCAGGACGUGUUCGAGGAACGGGGGGCAGACCAGCUGCCGCCACAUCGGCCUUUUGACUGCGGCAUAGACCUCCAACCCGGAGCGCCUUUACCAGUGAGUCGCUUAUAUUCCCUAACAGAGCCAGAGCGCGAGGCUUUGCAGGACUUCUUGCGCAAGAACCUGGAGCGUGGGUUCAUUAGGCCUUCCACCUCGCCUACCGCGGCACCAGUGCUUUCGUUAAGAAGAAAUGUGGGGAACUCCGCCCUUGCCAUGAUUACCGAGCCCUGAACAAAAUUACCGUCCCAGACCGGUACCCCUUGCCCCUUAUCUCGGAACUGCUGGAGCGGGUGCAAGGGGCACAGGUGUUCACCAAGCUGGACCUCCGGGGGGCCUACAACUUGAUUCGGAUCCGAGCCGGGAUGAGUGGAAGACAGCGUUUGGGACCCGGUACGGGCAGUUCGAAUAUUUGGUUAUGCCUUUCGGUUUGUGCAACGCGCCUGCUGUGUUUCAACGCUACAUCAACCACGUGUUUCAGGACUUGUUAGACAAGUACGUGGUGGUGUAUUUGGAUGACAUACUGAUUUACUCCCGUGACCCGGCUUGCCAUGAGGGACAUGUCCGGACCGUGCUGCAGCGCUUGCGUGAGCACCGAUUGUACGCAAAGCUCAGCAAGUGCGAGUUCCAUCAGCGGACUGUGGACUUCCUUGGUCACCGGCUCUCUCCAGAUGGGGUGCAAAUGGACCCGGGAAGGUGACAGCGGUUCAAGAAUGGGCGGCACCCCGGAACCGCAAGGACCUGCAGCGCUUCCUGGGGUUCGCCAAUUACUACCGGACCUUCAUCGCUGAUUAUGCUCAUCGCACCACCCCGUUGACCCGGCUACUGCGCCCAAAGACGCCGUUUUCCUGGGACAAGGAGGCAGAGGAGGCGUUUCAGGGGUUGAAGGCCUGUUUCCAGAGGGCACCAAUCUUACAACAUCCUGACCCCUCUCGACCCUUUGUGGUGGAGACCGACGCUUCCAGUACGGCUCUCGGUGCCGUCUUGUCUCAACAGAUUGGUCCUGAAGCGCCACUCUUACCCUGUGCCUUCUAUUCUCGCCAGCUCCUACCAGCGGAGCGUAACUAUACUGUGUGGGAGCGGGAACUACUGGCCAUCAAGGUAGCCUUUGAGGUCUGGCGCCACCAUCUUGAGGGGGCACGACAUCCGGUGGAGGUGAGAACCGACCACCGGAACCUGGAGUACCUCCAGACCACCCGCAAGCUGAACCAAAGACAGAUCCGGUGGGCGUUGUUCUUUGCCCGGUUCCAGUUCCGGAUCCGCUACAUCCCUAGCUCUCAGAAUCAGAAGGCGGAUGCCCUGUCCCGGAAACCCGAAGACAACGCAGACACGGUACAGCAAGCAGAACCCACCACGAUCCUACCUCCGGCUGCAUUCCUGGCCACCCAGGAGGCGCAGCCACUGCAGGUUCGGGUGCGGGAACAGCAGCGGGUCGACGCUGGGCCCAGGAACGACUCCGGGAGCUGGCUGAAGGGUCCAGCCCACAGUAUCCGGGGCUGGUCCUGCAUCAGGGCCUUCUGCUGCACCACGGUCGUCUGUACAUCCCGCCAGGGCCACUACGGCUGGAGGUUCUCCGGAUGGCCCAUGAUGCCCCAGCAGCGGGGCACUUUGGACGGUAUCGGACCACCCAUCUGGUCAGUCGAGAGUUUUGGUGGCCCCGCCUGAAGGCUGACGUGGCUCGCUACGUUGCUGGGGGUGAUGUCUGCCGGCGCGCCAAGGGACCUACCGGGCGACCCCCCCGGCCUACUUCAGCCAUUGCCAGUUCCACCGCGCCCGUGGCUCACUGUUUCGUGUGUAUUUGUAGUGGUAUUUACCUCGUCUCGUGGCUGUACCUGCCUUCUGGUUUUCUCCGACCAUUUCACCAAGAUGGUGCACUGCGCUCCCUGUCCAUCUGUACCCACAGCCAAGGAAACUGCUCAGCUGUACCUUCAGCAUGUCUUCCGCCUGCAUGGACUACCUGAGCGCGUGGUGUCCGACCGGGGCGUUCAGUUCACAUCCCGGUUCUGGCGAGCAUUACACCAGACCCUCGGGACAGAGGUCUGCCUCUCGUCAGCCUACCACCCACAGACCGAUGGCCAGACGGAACGGGCGAACGCGGUGCUGGAGCAGUACCUCCGGUGUUACUGCAGCUACCAGCAGGAUGACUGGGUCGACCACCUGGCAUUGGCGGAGUUCGCCUAUAACAACGCGGUGAAUGCGUCCACCCAGCAGACCCCGGUCCAGGCCAGUUAUGGUUAUCAUCCACGGCUGUUUCCAGAGGUGCUGCCGGCAUCCGCGGUCCCGGCGGUGACGGAGUGGCUUCAAGAGCUCCAGUCCCAGCAACAGCUUUUGGUGGAGCAACUGCACCAGGCCAAGGAAGCGUACAAAGCCCAGGCCGACCGCCACCGCCAGGUGGGGCCGGAACUCGCGCCGGUGACCUGGUUUGGCUCUCCACUCGCCACCUCCACCCCUCUCGACCUUCGCGGAAGCUGGACGCCCGCUCACCGGCCCGCUCCCUAUCGUAGACCAAAUCUCUCCUGUGGCAUUCCGUCUCCGGUUACCCGCAACCCUGAAGGUUCACCCGGUCUUCCACAGGUCCCUUUUGAGUCCGGUGGCCCCACCCGACGAGUUCCACUCGGACCGUCCCCGACCGCAGCCAGUGUUGGUUCGGGGAGAGCCUGAGUACGAGGUGGAACGCAUCCUGGACUCCCGAUACCGCAGGGGAAAGCUGCAGUAUCUCAUUGACUGGAAGGGGUACGGACCGGAGGACCGUUCCUGGGAACCAGCGGCCAAUGUCCACGCACCUGCCUGCCUCCGAGAGUUCCAUGCGACGUACUCCCGGCAAGCCGGGUCCGGACCCUCGGUUGAGGGGGGCCUGGGAGGGGGAUGGUGUGAUGGCCUGGGAUUCCGAUUCGGAGGAUGAAACAGAGGAAUCCCAGCCUGCACAGGAGUCCCCGCCUCCAGGGCCGGCUGAACUGGGGCAAGGCCUAGAUGCUGAAGAGCCUGCACCUGUGGCAGUGCAUCAGGAGCUGGCCCCAGGUGAAGCCCUUCUGGCCCCAGAGGGGCUUGAUGACUCAGUGGCCACAGGUGAGCCUCCUCCAGGGCCCAGUAACCCUUCGGCCUCUCCUGAUCUGCAGAGGCUUAGGGCAGAGAGGCGAAGGGAACUGGUUGCCCCCAGGAGGAGUGCUCGCCUUAAGGCCAGAGGAGGCGGGGCUCCUGGGGACCGGGACCGCCCCUGGCCUUAGAAGAGGAUAAAGCCCAGUCAGCCCGGCCCCAGGCUGCGGGAGCAACGACGUUGCUGGCUUCGGACCUUCCUGUGCUCCUGUUCCCUGCUCGGCUUCCUGUUCCUGACUAUCCGGUACUCCUGUUCCCUGCUCGGCUUCCUGUUCCUGACUAUCCGGUACUCCUGUUCCCUGCUCGGCCUCCUGUUCCCGACCAUCCGGUGUUCCUGUUCCCUGCACAGCCUCCUGUUCCAGCAUUCCUGUUCCCCGCCCGGCUCUCUGCCUCGGACCUUGCCCCUCUUCGUGUGGACUCUGCUACACCCAAGGUACCUUACCCCCGGGACCAGCACAGUGGUGUAGUGGUUAAGAGCAGUAGACUCGUAAUCUGGUGAACCGGGUUCGCUUCCCUGCUCCUCCACAUGCAGCUGCUGGGUGACCUUGGGCUAGUCACACUUCUUUGAAGUCUCUCAGCCCCACUCACCUCACAGAGUGUUUGCUGUGGGGGAGGAAGGGAAAGGAGAUUGUUAGCCGCUUUGAGACGCCUUCGGGUAGUGAUAAAGCGGGAUAUCAAAUCCAAACUCUUCUUCUUCUUCUUCUUCUUCACACACAGGAAGGACAUAGCAGGCUGGGGGGAAGGCCUUAGUUUGCAGUAGUGUAUAUUUUUUAAAACACUUCAGGAAAUAAAAUCCAAAAAUAGCUUUAACAAGUACUGGGCAUGUUCAGCGACCAUGGAAUGCAUGCUGUGUGUUGGGAAAUGGGAAAUGGAAAACCAGAUUGGAGGGGGCAUGGACUGGAGUAUCCUGAGUAGGAGCAUCAGGAUAAAGGUCCCACUUAUAGUAAUACUACAACCUUAAUUUGUCUAAAUGGAUGCUUAGGGCAAAAAAGUGGGGCAGGACAAUUCUUCCAGACAGUACAGAAUAUCUCUUUGGAACUGUUCUAGAAAAACAUGUGUUGGAAGAAACACGCCUCCAAUGAAAAAGUUUAUUGGUGGUAAAAAUGGCAAUGGUAAUGUGCCUUUUACAGGUCAUGUAUCUUCACAGGCACUGAAUAUUCUUUUUCUUUUUUUAAUAGAAGAAAGUGUAUUGUUUUCCCCAAAAUAGCUUUAGGAUGUGACUAUUAAUAAUGUGAACAUUAAUUUGUCACCAAUAAUUUAAAUGUUUGGUGGUGGUAGGUACUUCUUUUUAAAAAAAUGUUUUUAUUUUAUUUUGACAAAGUAAUAACCAUAAAUAAAUAAGAAUAAAAAAUGUGCACCCCACCACCGAGACCAUUCCAGGGUAACUAUCCAACCUCCUAAAAUUUCAACACCUCUUGAGGUGGUUUGACCCCUUUCCGUUUUAACAGUACCAAUUCUACAAACACCCUCCAUAUCUCCUCAGAAUCAUUUCUCCUGCAUGGCACCGGAUAUUCGGUCUUUAUCAGAUAAUUUCUAGGCACAAUCUAUUGUUAUUGUUGCACACCACCCCAAUCUCCAGGGGUCUCCUCAGAAUAAGGGACAGCAGAGACUGUGGUGUCUUUAUGAUAUAUGGUUUAUUUACACAGACAUACAACCUGAGUCUACGAUGGAAGGGUUCACAGUAGUAACACCUCAAGAGGGUCUUGCUUCUCCCAUAGCCUUGGAUUCCAAUUGAAAUCAGGCAUGGUUCUGUCUCCCAACUGCCAAGCCUGCAGCCUGCCGGCCUCUAGCUUCUAGCUCAUAUAACUCAAUCCUGCACUCUGGCAUUUAUCUUUCUAACUCCUUUCUUUGUUACCUUAAUACCAUAGUUAGAAGGCCAUUACAUCACCAAGAAUCUAGCCUGGCUGUUCCAGGAAUUGAAUCCAUGCUGGAUGCAGGCAUUAGAAGGGGGCUCAGGCAUACAGCCUACCUCCACCCAAACUAUUCUUGUUAUGUACUGAAGUUCUCACCCUGGGCCAGCAGGGGGAUACUGUAGAUAGUUUUCAUUCAGGUCCACAUAUGCAAAUAAGGGAUUGAAAGUGAUGUUCAGUGAUUGGAUAGUUACGGAAAGUGGUUACUGUUGCAUUGUAGUGGAGCUAUAUAUAAGCAGGCUGGCUGAACCCUUCAGUUCAGUUCUCUUCUGGCCUGUGAAUAAACAAGAGCUGUUUGAAGAAUCACUGCGUCGUCUGAUAUGUUCACCCACAACUUAGCAAUUCUUAUCAUCUUUCAUAGCACCAAUGAGUGUGAGAGAAAGGGAGUCAAAAUUUAUCAGGCAAAUUGUAAAGAAAGUACAGAUCACAGUGCCAAUCUGAAUCGUCCACAUAGCUCCAAUUAUUUUUUUCAUUAAAAAGAAGCAGCAGGAGACCUAUUCACAGAUCUCCUCUAAUGCCUUCGAUGCUAAGACUGAACCUGGGAUCUUUCAACGCAUCUGCCCUACCACUGACCAAUGGCCUUUCUCUAGAGACAUGUGCCAACAAAAAAAGAGUACUGUGGCACCUUGUGGGUUCAUAACAAGAUAGAUGUUUGUGGGGAGAUGCAUGAUGGCAGGUAAGAUGCUAACUGAUCGUAUAUCUACUCUAAAACCCAAUCAAAGAGUUUAUAGGAAGAUGCCUUACAUCAUUUUGUUUCAUUUUAAAUUAAGAUGAAUUCCCCAUUCUGUUUGCUUUGCCUUUCUAGGUGUACAGUGUAUUAGUAUCUGCAGUCUGGCAUUUAUCAUAGUGUCAUCUGCUAUAACAACUUCUUCAAUAUUUUCAUUGUAGAGUCCCCAAUAAAUUGUGGUCCUCCACCUAAUGUUGAUAAUGCAAUGACCCUGGCCUCCUCAAGACGAGAAUUUGUACGUGGUUCAGCUGUUUUUUAUCAGUGCUACAGAAUGUACGAAAUGGAAGGCACUCCACGUGCAAGAUGUUUACAUGGUCAAUGGGUUGGCGUGCCAAGAUGCCUUCGUAAGUAUAAAAUCGAUCAUCGUUCAUUCUUGUUCUAUUAACAAGCCUAGAGUCAUUAUAAUGGACGUGAAGUCUGGCAGUGUGGCAGACUUCCCAAUGUCAGAGGCAGAGGGAAAGAGUGGACCCCUCUUCUGCAAUGUGUAAAAAGGUAAAAGGUACAGGGACCCCUGACUGUUAAGUCCAGUCAUGGCUGACUCUGGGGUUGCCGCGCUCAUCUCGCUUUAUUGGCCAAGGGAGCCGGCGUACAGCUUCCAGGUCAUGUGGCCAGCAUGACUAAGCUGCUUCUGGCAAACCAGAGCAGCGCGCGGAAACGCCGUUUACCUUCCUGCCAGAGUGGUACCUAUUUAUCUACUUGCACUCUGACGUGCUUUCAAACUGCUAGGUUGGCAGGAGCAGGGACCGAGCAACGGGAGCUCAUCCCGUCACAGGGAUUUGAACCGCCGACCUUCUGAUCGGCAAGUCCUAGGCUCUGUGGUUUAACCCACAGCGCUACCCGCGUCCCUUCUGCAAUGUGUGGAUGUAGCCUAAAAGCUACAGUAACUGGCAGAAAGUACAUUUUAACUUGAUGCUAUUGACCAGCUUGUUCAAGUGAGUUCUGCAUUGCACUCAAAGCUAUUCCUACCAAGCCCAGGCCAGUUUAAAAAGAAUUCAUCUAUAUACAUGAUUAUUUUUCUUUGUGUGCUUUUCUUCAGAAACUUGUCGAGCAGAUGAUGCUGACAUGGAACGUAACAAUAUCAAACUGAGGUCAAUAACUAAAUCCACAUCCAUGAGAGCGUCUGACUACUGGAUGCUGUUUGAGUGCAAAUCAGGAUUUCAAAAGGAUCCAUCAUCACCACCUUUUAUGAAACAAUGUGUAACUGGGCCAUGGGUAUAUCCAAGAUGUAUCUAAAUCAGUAAGUCUUUCCAUGGCAGCAGAGAAAUCAUACUACACGUAUUUUAAUAUCAGUACUAUCACCACAGCAACUAGCAGCAAUAUUACUAACCGUUUCUUUUUUCUUUUUAAUUAAUUUGUAUUAGCUUUCCAAUUUUUAACAAAUCAAUCCAAAUUAUUUAAAUGUAAUACAUUUUUUUAAAAAAAUAAUUACGGUAGGUUUCCGGCUCGUGUUACAAACAUAUGUCCAUUUGCUUCCUGAUGAUGGCACUUCAUUCUUCUUCUUUAAUCACCUUCUCAUCUUUUUAAUUGUUUUAAUCUAUUUUCAUAGCUGGCCUUCUUGUUUCCUUACAAUCAGCAGCUUUGUUGCUUCCCAAACACAUAAGAGUCCAUUUCACGUGUGUAAUCCUUCCAGCACUCUGUUCCCAGACCUGGUGUGUAAGAGACAGUUUAUUGCCAUCGUCCUUUGUCCAUUCACAUUCCACUCCUUUGAAAACAUUCCUUCCGUUGUUCAAGGAUUUGCUGGGCUAUAAAUAACUCCCCAACAAGAUACCUGCUCCGCCAUUAAAAAUCUGGGGAUUAUUUUCCUCAGCCCGCAGUUAAAAAGCAAAGUCACAUAAAUAAACUCCUGCCAGUUAUAAUUAGCAGUCCUUCAUCUCACCAAAUUAUUCUCUCUUCCACUCAUGGUCCAGCCCAAAUAUAAUUUGAAUUUAGUCUGUUCAGCCUUGGUCAAAAGGGGAGUGUAUAGAAAAACAUUGUAAAAUCCUUAGUUGAUCAUAAAUCAGUAACUCCCCUUUCUUCCUCAGUGUCAAACAAAAUGAUUGCGCAUGAUUCAUUCAUUUUGCAGGGGAAGUCAAGAAAGAAAAAGACCAUUUGGGAACCCUAUAUGGUUUCCAUUAUAACCGUUUCAUUGCCACUGCUAUUACUAAUAGUAUUUCUAGUGCUUGAUUAGAUGGCCAUCUGCGAUCCCAAGCUAUCCUGCAUUUAUUUACAUUUCUUUUGUUUGCUACUUAUGCUGAGUGUUUUAAAUUAUUGUGGCGAUUCCUGAAUGCACAUGAUGAGGGGUAGCACAGAAAUAAUAUAAAUAAAUAAAAUAAAAAAUAUUGACCGGGCCAGAUGCUGGCUAUAUGGAAAGUCUCGGGCAGGGGUCACCAACCUGUUUGGACCGGUGGACACAUUUUGAACAUUGAGGGAGUGCUGUGGGCGCUAGUCACAAAAUGGCUGCUAUGGGGGGGGGGGCAUGACGUAACACAAAAUAAGAGAGAGUAGUCUGGGCAAGACUAGAAAAAGUUUAACCCGCUUGUUAUACAGCUGUUGAUAGAACAAAAUUCCCAUUUCCCUAAUACCGAUUCUAAAUGAAAGCCAGGCUGCCACCCCAUAUGCGCUUACCCUGCCUUAAAACCCAUAAAACAGGAAGAAUACAGUGGUACCUCGGGUAAGUACUUAAUUCGUUCUGGAGGUCCGUUCUUAACCUGAAACUGUUCUUAACCUGAAGCACCACUUUAGCUAAUGGGGCCUGCUGCUGCUGCUGCGACGCCAGAGCACGGUUUCUGUUCUCAUCCUGAAGCAAAGUUCUUAACCCGAGGAAUUAUUUCUGGGUUAGCGGAGUCUGUAACCUGAAGUGUAUGUGUGAUGGGAUGAUGAGCUGCUUGUGCGUAAAAUCGUAUUCCCUCAGAGUUUGUUCAAGUCCACAAACCUCUGUCUGUGACGGAGCCCCUCAGACAUGGCUACUCUAGUCACUAGCAGAUUCCGACAGUGGUUGCUUUCGUAAUCGCUUCCAACAUAAAAGCUCCUUAACGGAAACACGUCUUCUGGAAUCUCUGCGUGACAGUUUCCGGCGAGGAGUGGGUGUUCUUACAGGAGGUCCUGAAACCUCCCCACUGUUUUCGCUGGAAGUGUCUCUGAGCCAUCCCUCCAGCUCAGCUCCUCUCCCCCUGCUGGUUCCCUCUUCAGCUGCUGCGUCUCUCCCAACCUGUGUGAGCCCUUUCACCUCCCUGUUGGUUCCCUCUUCAGCUGCUGCGUCUCUCCCAACCUGUGUGAGCCCUUUCACCUCCCUUCCGUCCGAUGGCAGUUCCCUGACAUCCACCUCCCUCCAGGGCCCCCUUCACCCCCUCUCGCCCCUCCUCUACGGGCGGUGAGGAGGCAAACCCCGGAAUGAACUUCCUUCAUCUUCCGAUGUCUCGAACACUUCUCUCAACCUGUUGCGGUUCCUGGUCUCAAGUACACCUCCUCCUCAGAGUCCAUCUCCCUUCCACUUCCGAGUCCGGGAAUCCUUCCAACUCCUCCCCUUCAUCAGUGGUCCCAAAGUAUUCCCUCCGGAACCUCUCCACAGGCUGAGGUUUCCUUGGGAACCUUUGAUGGAACGUUUCUAUCAAUACCUCGUCAUUGAUAUCUUCAGCCAUUACCCAAGUGUUUUCUGACUCCGGUUCUCCUUCCCACGCUACCAAAUACUCCACCUGAUCCCCCUUCCACCUGGCGUCGAGGAUUUCUGCCACAUGGCUGCUGCAUUCUCUUUCUUCUACGACCGGUCCCCGAGUGGCCAGCCCUUCUCGUCCCCUUCGUACGGUGACAGUAACGACCUGUGAAAUACUGGGUGCAGUUUCAUGUGGUUGGGUAACCGGAGCCUGAAAGCCACUGGGUUGACCUGUUGAAUGACCUCAAAGGGACCCAACCUCCUGGGUCUUAAUUUCUUACAACCUCCUUUGAACGGCAACCCUUGGGUUGACAGCCACACCCUAUCUCCCACCCUUAUGGUUUCACCUUCCCUUCGGUUCUUGUCUGCCUGCCUCUUGUAUUCUUCCUUCGCCCUUUCUAAGUUGAGUUGGAGCUGACGAUGGAUUGCUUCCAUUUCUUCCACAAAAUGCUCGGCUGCCGGGACGCUCCAUCUCUCCCCCUCUCCCCCCGGGAAAGCCCUGGGAUGACACCCAUAAUUAGCCAAGAAGGGGCUCAUCCCUGUGGACACAUUCUCGGCAUUGUUGUAGGCAAAUUCCGCCAGCGCCAACUUUUCUACCCAGUCAUUCUCUCUGUCAUUGACAUAACACCUCAGGUAUUGCUGGAGGACACCGUUUGCUCUUUCCGCCUGCCCGUUGGUUUCAGGGUGCCGGGCAGUCGAAAAUUGACCUCCACCUGCAGUAAGCUCAUGAGCUUCCUCCAGAACCUGGAAGUAAAUUGUUUUCCUCGGUCUGAGACCACCCUCAAUGGCACCCCGUGCAACCUAAAAAUGUUUUCUACAAAUAACUUCGCUGUCUCUUCCGCCGUGACUGCAUGCGAGCAAGCUACAAAGUGGCACAUCUUUGUUAGUAGGUCUACCACCACCAUGAUGGCUGUUUUCCCUUUGGACUUCGGCAGAUCAGUCAUAAAAUCUAUCGACACUGCCUCCCAAGGUCGUUCUGGGGUUGGUAAGGGUUCUAACAGCCCCGCCGGCGCCCGCCUUUCCCUUUGGCUCGCUGGCAUUGCUCACACCCUCUUACAUACUCACGUACAUCUUCCUCACCUUAGGCCACCAAAAUUCCCUGGUGACCAACCACAUGGUUUUGUGUUGUCCAAAAUGCCCCGCCGUAGGGCUGUCGUGCAACUGCUUGAGUACCCUCCCCUUUAACUCUCCUUCAGGGAUAUACAGUGCCCCUUUGUAAUACAAAGCUCCAUUUCUUUCCUCGAAACCCCUGGUUCCUCUCCAUCACCCCUAAGACCUCUGAGCUUAUUCUGGGCGUAUUCAUCAUUCUCUGUUUCCUCUACCAGUUCUCUUUGUCCCACCAAUGCCGCCCCACACACCCAGCGGUCUUCUGGAAUGACAUGUCUCUCUUCGGGUGCCCCUCCCUCCAAAUAUUCAGGUUUGCGUGAGAGAGCGUCCGCCCUAAUGUUCUCUGGGCCUGGCACGUAACUAAUCUCAAAGUUAAAUUUGGAGAACUCCUGGGCCCAUCUCACUUGCCGUUGGUUGAGCACUCGUGCCGUCCUCCAAUACUCUAGGUUCUUGUGGUCAGUGCACACUUGCACCUUAUGUUGUGCGCCAAUUAGCAGGUGCCUCCAUCUCCGGAACGCCUCAUGAAUGGCUAGUAGUUCUCGGUCAUACACCGUGUAGUUCCUCUCGGAUUUGUUCAGCUUUCGCAAAAAAAAAGGCACACGGUCUCCACUCUGACCCCUUCUUGCCUGGCUGCAGAAGCACCGCCCCAAUCGCUCUGUCUGAUGCGUCAGUUUCCACUCUCAUCGGUUUUUGUAAAUCCACAUGCAGGAGUUGUUGUUCCGAGGCGAAGGCCCUUUUAGUUCCUCAAAUGCUCGCUCCGCCUCCUCAGUCCACACGAACUUCUUCUUACUGCUGAGACAGUCCGUAAUGGGCGCCGUCAGGUGGGCAAAGUUUCGGAUGAACUUACGAUAGAAGUUCCCAAAUCCUAGGAACCUCUGCACAUCCUUCUUUGUUUUGGGUGUUUUCCAUUCCAGUACUGCCUGGACCUUGCCGGGAUCCAUGGCCAAUCCCUUGUCUGACAGGCGAUACCCCAGGAAUUCCACCUCCUUGGUAUGAAACUGACACUUCUCCAGUUUCACCCACAGCUGGUUGGCUUGCAGCCUGCUCAACACUUCUCUGACGUCUCUCACAUGCUGCUCCUCAUUCUCAGAAUACACCAACACGUCGUCUAAAAGGCCACACAAUUCUUGUAAAGCAAAGGCCCCAGGACGUGGUUCAUAAACGAUUGAAAUGUUGCGGAGCCUGCUUGUAGGCCGAAGGGCAUAACCAAAUAUUCAAAUGCCCCUAAAGGGGUGAACAUAGUGGUUUUCCAUUCAUCCCCUUCCUUAUUCGUACCAGGUUGUACGCCCCUUAGGUCCAGCUUUGUGAAAAUCUUUCCUUCCGCACCCUUGUCAAAAUGUCGUCAAUCCUGGGCAUAGGGAAGGCUACUGGUUCUGACACUGCAUUUAAGGCCCUGAAGUCACACACCAGCCUCGGCUUGUUCGUGUUUUUCUUAUCCACAAAAUACACUGGGCUGCCCCCCACCGCCCUGGACUCUCUGAUGAACCCUCUCUUCAGGUUCUUGUCAAUGAACUCUCUUAACUCCUGCAUCUCUCUGUCUGACAUGGCGUACAGCUUGCCUACAGGGAGCUGUGCUCCAGGGAGUAAGUUGAUUUGACAGUCAAAGGGUCUAUGCGGGGUAGUUGGUCAGCUUCCCUUUCGCUGAAGACGUCACGGAGAUCUGCAUAUUGUCGUGGUACCUUCACGUUCUCUGUUACUUCAGUCCCUGCUAGGGUGGCUUGGACCCCUGCCAAACCCUUUCCUCUUUGCAGUGUUCUAAGCAAUGUGCUGAACCAAAAGAAACCACUCUCUGAUGCCAGCCCACCAGCGGAUCAUGUAACGCUAGCCAGCUCAUCCCCAAUAUAAUGGGAGCUCCUCCCAAGGUGGCCACAUUAAAAGCUAUCAGUUCGGUGUGCCUUGCUACCUUCAUUAUCAUUGGGACGGUCUGCAAGCUGACUUCUCCACCCAACAGCUCCCUGCCAUCGAUCGUGGUCACCUGCAGGGGCUGCUUAAAGGGAUUGUCUGUAUCGGGUGCUCAGCUGCAAACUCUUUGCUCAUGAAAUUGCAGGAGCUGCCUGAGUCCAACAGCGCCUUUAUCUUUAGAGGGUGUCCGCUUGGCAGCUCUAGCGCCACUUCUAUCACUAGGGCGGGUUUAGGAGGUUCUGGCGUGGGCACUCUCACUGCUCUUUGGCCUGGCUGCUGUGCCCUGACAGUGGCAGCCAGGCGUUGGCUUUUACUUGCUCCGGUAUAUUUUCCUCUCUUCCAUCCACAGCUCCUACCAUCCCUUGCCAUUCUUUCCUCUGGGGGCAGACUCUGGCAAAGUGACCUGGCUGUUGGCAGAGAUAGCAUUUCCGGGCGCCUUUUCCUUCCUUCUUUGCCCCCUCACUGGGCUGUGAAACUGCAGCGCGCGCGCUGUUCCGAUUUCCAUCGGCUCUGCCGGUGGGAAGUUGGCUCUGGAAUGUCUGGAAUGCGGAACUCCUUCCAACGUUCCCCUUCCCUUCCCGCCUCCAAUGCUCUCGCCUCCUGGCGCGCUCCUAUGGCCAGCGCUGAUUUGGUCAGCUGGUCCAUAGACUCCGCCCUGGGCGCCCGGGAAAGUUCGUCUUUCACAGCCGAAGAAAGGCCUUCUUCAAAGAGCAUUUGAAUGGGUUCCGCCGAUAAGUCCCACCCCAAUCUGUGAACAAGCAUGGUGAACUCAGUCCAGUACUCACGGACAGAUCGGCUCCCUGUUUGCAACCCAUUAACUGUCUGCGCACCACUCCCUUUUCAAUAUCGCUGGAAAACAUCAGAUCCAUGGCGCGAAAGAACUUCAUCGUGUCCUUUAAGACGUCACUAUUAGCUGCCAUCAGGGGUCUAACCCAGUCUCUCGCCCCUUUUCAAGAUGCUCAAUCACGAAAGCCACUCGUGAUUCCUCGUCAGGGAAUUCAUCAAACUGCAGAUUGAGGGCAUAUUGCAUUUCUGUCCGAAAACCAUGAUAGUUUUUGGGCUCCCCCCCAAACUUCUGCACCAAUCCUGGUACCUUUCUGGCGAACUGGGUGGCUUUCCCCUUUUGUCUGCAUCCUGAGCCCUCCUCUCCUCAAGCCUCGCCGUCUGCAUCGCUAGCUGGACCUCCAACAUCUGGUACCUUUCUUCCAGGCUUGGACCCGCUCCAGCUCCUGCUUCUCCGGUUCCGGCUGGGUUGCUCAUGAUGCCUUCUCCUGCACAAGCUGCUUUCAAAGACUGUCGGAAUGCUGUGAUGGGAUGAUGAGCUGCUUGUGCGUAAAAUCGUAUUCCCUCAGAGUUUGUUCAAGUCCACAAACCUCUGUCUGUGACGGAGCCCUCAGACAUGGCUACUCUAGUCACUAGCAGAUUCCGACAGUGGUUGCUUCGUAAUCGCUUCCAACAUAAAAGCUCCUUAACGGAAACACGUCUUCUGGAAUCUCUGCGUGACAGUUUCCGGCGAGGAGUGGGUGUUCUUACAGGAGGUCCUGAAACCUCCCCACUGUUUUCGCUGGAAGUGUCUCUGAGCCAUCCCUCCAGCUCAGCUCCUCUCCCCCUGCUGGUUCCCUCUUCAGCUGCUGCGUCUCUCCCAACCAGUUUCAUCCCUUUCACCUCCCUGCUGGUUCCCUCUUCAGCUGCUGCGUCUCUCCCAACCUGUGUGAGCCCUUUCACCUCCCUUCCGUCCGAUGGCAGUUCCCUGACAGUAUGUAACCCGAGGUAUUACUUUUGACUGGAAAUGUAUAACUAGAACUAUCAGCUUCAGUGAACAGUAGAGCAACCAAGAUGGACUAAAAUGGAUGACAUUAAACUCCAUGUCACUUUGUAACUUUUUGAUGACUCUCAUUGACAGUCUGAUGAGACCUCAACGUCCUGGAAAACAUCAGAGCAUCAACAUAAUGAAGAUGAUGAUGAAGAAACAAUGGUGUCUUGGCAAAUGUGGAAUCAUAACAUUAUUGAAAAUGGAACGUGCUGGAAUGUUUUCCAAGUGACCUGAGUAAAGAAGUGCUGGAAAAGCAGGAGUCCUGGUUGUGCUUUUCUCCCAGAUAAGCAUAGUCUAGGUCUUAAUGUGGGUUAAGCAAUGUAAGUAAUGAAACAAAAAUAUAUAUGGGGAAUUCCACUCUGCUACUCCUAGUUCCUUUCAAUUAGCUGAAGAGUACCUGAUCUUGGCCCACAGCGAUGACUGGGUAACUAUGAUUUUUAUUCAAAAGUGCUAAGUGUGCUAGGAAGUUCAGAAAUUAGGAUAUGCCAUGGAGCUUAGAAAUUCUGCCUCAUGAUUUGAUGAGCUGGAGGCCAAAUCUUCAUUUAGCAUCAGAAAUGACAACCUGUGAUCGCUUUGUCAAUGCAAGUAUAAUGCUAUACAUAUGCAAUCUUAAAAAAAUAUUAUUUUAUAAAAGUGUGAUAUUACAUUGCUUUGUUGCUUUUUCUUCUUCAAAUUUUAUGGAGACAAUAAUGCUCCUUAAAUGAAGCAUUGCACACCAAUAAAUUGAUUGAUUUGCUUCAAUUGC